CUGCCUUCCACAUAAGCAGGUUUCCCAUAAGCGUCCCUCCAGACCCCGCCAGAUGAUCGAUGGAGCUCCAUCUCUUCACGUGAACAUCACUGAAACUCAAGAGUUAGGAGGGACAUUGGUCUGACCUUGGAAAACCCAUGACGACGAACCAGGAAACCAUCAGUGCAGGGUCCAAAGACUGACACGUGAUCCGCGGAGUACUUGGACAAACAUCACGUGAUGUCCAACAAAGAAGGUAUUCGUUGAGCCCUUCGACGACACUCUUUCAUCCAACCAAGGGCACCCAGGGGAACUGCGACGCUUGUACACUCCUAUAACAUCGAAUAAGAUACCUUGCUCGUACUCCGCUACCUGAGCCGCCCAGGACGUUAAGCCUGAGUAGGUAAAAGCACACAGAGGGACGACAUCAACACAGGAGCACACAGUCUGUGUGCCAAGGCUCAGGCUUUUACAUAAUGGACUUCUACCACCAGCUUGCCUGCAUAUGCGCCAUCUUGUCGUGUUUCCUUGCUCUGCUGUACGGAAUUUCUCGCUUCAUGUCCAAAGGCAUGGCUUCGACACCUGAAUUUGAUCUCAAGAUGGAAAGGUCGUCACAGUGGGAAGACGUCAGGAAGAAAAUGCACGAAGCCAUUGCGGCGGAAGACGAGGCUCGUGUUCUAAAGUGCCUGGAUGCUGCACCUGCUUUGAAACUUUGGCUGGAUCCUGUGAAAGAAAAAUCAGCUCGUUACAGAGCUGUUAAAAAGAAAGCCAUCCGUAUACAUGGCCUCUUAGUCUCGCGUGGAUGUGGACUCAAGAACGACAAAGAAGCAUCGUAUUAUCAAUAUCUGACAGGCGUUCAUCGAGCUGAAAUUCGACGGCAACGAUACUACACCAAAGAAUGCAAAGAAUCCUACAUCUAUUACUUGAAAAGCAAAUCAAGGAGCCACGUCAGAUGUGAUGACCUCGAGGGGCGAUUGGAGAAGAUGUUCAGGGAACUUUCAACCGACCAAUUAAACGAGAAAAUAUUGAAAGUUGUUGCCACAGCACCGCAUCUGGAUAUACUAUUCGACUACAACAGUGAAAACGUUCAGGGGAUCACGGGGUGCAGCGGCAGCCGCGUUCUCGGACUUACUGAUUACGAAAAGCAAAGAAUUUCUAUCGGAGGCGGAGCAACGGAAGCCGAAGUCCGGGGCACGUUUAUUCACGAAUCUUGUCAUAUGGCACUUCAUCUGGUGUAUAAAAAUGACGGCAAGCCGUAUUUCCGCGAAGAUACCGAAAUGAAACGGCGAUACAGAGCCAUUCUGGAUGACAUAAAACGAAGAAAAAACGAUGUGGAUGUCUUGAUCCGACUAGCUUUGGUGAAAAAUGAAGAACAAGAAGCGAUUGUUCGUAUCCCACACAUACUAACUCAAUAUGGCAGCGAUCAUGGAAAUAGGGUUCUCGAAAAGGAGGUACCGGAACUACGAAAGUUCUUCGAGGAUACUGUCAUCCCGGACAUGCAGAAAUACAUUCAAAAUGGAAUCCCGUCGAUAGAUGCGACAAUGAUAGAAAAGGAAAACGCGAGACUCAACAAAGCUUUCAACAUUGGCAACCUCAAUCUCCAGUUCGACAAACCAAUAAAGAGCAGUGCCUGGGAGAAGGGGUUGCUUCACGUAGUUACGGGCCCAGAACUGAGGCUUCUCGAAAUAAUGGUUCACAACGCUGUGCAAUCUACGGGACUUCCGUACAUGUUUUUCGAUGCAAAACAGCUGGACUCCGCACUGGAGGAUGUGUUACUAGACUACAAAUAUGCGUUUGUGCUUGUAACGGUCCAUCCAAACGAAGACGUCCGAAAGAUGAUUAAACAUUUCGGUGAAGCAUCCUGUGUCACUGGAUCAAAAGUCAUCUUGCUUGUGGAAGACAGUGGUAAAGACAACUUGGUGAAACAAGUGCAAGAAGAUGCAUUCUUUGGCGAGAGGCACAAAGUUCACAGCAUCGACGAAGCAAGCUUUGCGCACGUCACGGAUAGCUGCAAAAAAUGGAUUUUCGAAAAUUCCCGCGUAAAACUUCAGGACCAAGACCUUUCUAAGCUUUCGGACGCAACGAAUAUAGAUACCUUCAUACGUUGCGUAGACACCCCUGUUUUUCUAAAGCUCUGUGAAUCAAUGAACAUUGACGUGGGACCUCCUCUUCAUGAACUAGAAGAACGUGUUCAGAUCUAUUACGUGGAAAGAGAGUGUAGAAGAGCCGUGGAAAUUAACUUGAAAGAAUACAAUCUAGGCGAUGAGAGUGAGGCUUUCGCACUUCUGGGCUGUACACACAAUCAGGUCGCAACACUUCUACCUCGGGGUUGUGAGCCAAAAGCCAAGGAGGAAUUAAGGAAGUUCGAGAAAUUCGUACUCCUCCAAGAAUCACGUGACUACGAAGCCCUCCUGGAAAAUGUUCACUUCCCAAACAAAGUAGUGCACCUGCUAAAGUUCAACGAAUCUCGUAAAAGACUCUUGUGGACAAAAUCAAAUGGUCCUCUCAGUCACCUUCCAAUGACGGGAAGUGAGAGUUACACGGAGGACGCGUUGUUAAACGUAAACGAGAAGGUUGUCAUUGUGUCUGGUGUUCCAGGUAUGGGAAAGAGUGUGCUGGCAUCUCGGUUGUGCACACGGUUACAAAGUCAAGACAAGAAGCGGUUGGUGCUCUACGUCGACCUUCUUCAGAGAAUGGCAUCUGUUAAAACGGCGCUGCUGAGUCUGGAAUAUCUAGCGGAUCUGUGCCAGGUGCGAAAAGAUGGUCUCGAGUUCGCUUUGUUCGAGGAAAGCUUGAAGAAUGGUAGCCCUUUCGAGGUCGUCGUUAUGUUGGAUGGCUUCGAUGAAGUCAAUGAGAAAUGUCGCAAGUGUGUGCUGAACCUUAUUCUGUUUCUAGCUAACAAAAAAAUUUACAAGGUGUACCUAUAUACUCGCACUGUGUGUAAAUCCCAUGCACAAGAUGUCUUGCAGACGGUGUCAUAUGAUAUCGUUCCUUUUUCUGAUGAAAACCAGAAUGAUUUCCUCACAAGAUAUAGAGCCCAAAGAGAAACUCCAGCGACCAGCAAUGAGGCAUUUCUGCAAAAAUUCCAGCAACUGUACGGGACAUUGAAGAAGAAAAACAAGAAAAUCCUGGAAACCCCUCUCCUACUUCGUAUGAUGGCUCAGAUAGAGAGUGGGGAAAUUACAAAGUCGGACGAUUACUCUUCACUUCUUAAUAUUGCUGACAUUUGUGGCGGCGGUAUAUACACUGUACACAUCUACAUGAUGUUUGUCGAGUACAAGCAUCUUGUGCACAGAAAAGAGAAAGUGAAGGAAGACAUCUCCCGAAGUACUGUGCGAGGGGACAACCAUGACACGAAGUCUCCAUUCUACGUAAACCAUGGUCUGCUGGCUCUGAAGUGUAUAUUUCCUCAGGAUAUAUUGAAAACCUUAUUGAAUGAAGAUGAAUCAGACCAGUUAGAUCCCGAAGGAAGUUUCAUCACCGGCGUUGAUUCUUUCAAAGAAGGUUUUGUGAAUAGAAUUAACGAUGGAGGAAUUCCCGAGUUCGUUCAUAAGACCUUCGCCGAAUUUUUCGCAGCUCACUACCUGUUGGAAAAGGCAAAAGGAAGAAAAAAAUCCAGGUUUAGGGAAAAUGUUGUCAGAUUGUAUGGUAAAAAAGACUACGAGGGUGUAAUGAUGUUGUUCGAUGGACUGGCGUCGGCGUCCUAUCCACUUCACUCUGCUGUGAUGAACAACGACUCUUCAUAUUUUGAGCAACCCGGUGUCAAAAGAGAGGAUAUGUUCGAAGUCGAUGAGCUCGAAAGAACUGCAUUGCACGUAGCAGCCCUGCAUUCUGAUGAAGCAACAUUGAAGAAGCUUCCGAUGGAUGAUGAACUGAUCAUGGAUGAUUUGUUUAAAGUGUCACCAUUCGAGUACAUAGAACUCUUUUCCCCAUUGGAGGCAGAGUGGAUGAAAGAUCUGUGGGACGCGUAUUUUAUGAAAUAUUUGAAAAAUUAUUUGGGGACUGAGAUUUCAGCUGUGAGAGACAAACUCGACGUAUUAUGCGUUCGAUGCAGUGAGGAAGCAGUAAGACGUUCUACCGAAAAUCUGCGCAGGUGCGAAACCUUCGAGCAAAAGAUACAUUUUCUAGAGCGAGCAAUAUACACAGCUGUGAUCUACGACCUACCAGGCGUUUUGGACGUGUAUCUGAGCUAUGUGUCCCCGAAAGAGAGUACCGUAAUCCUAGACAGAGACAUUAUGGACCAAUUAGAAUCACGGAAGAAACGAAGCUUGAGAUGUUCUGCAGAGUCUUCGGUAAUUGGAAACCUUGAUGGUUUUAGAGACUUCUGCAAUAGAACUGUCCCUUUUCACGCAAAGUCUGAGGCUGUUUGUCAAAUGCUCCUUCCUUACUGCGAUAUGAGAAUUCUUGAUAAGCAUGGAAACACAAUAUUGCACAUUAGCGCAUAUGAGAAAAAUCUGGAGACAACACAGUUUUAUCUCGCACAUUUAUCCGCUAACAAUGUAAAUGGAUCCUUUCAAAGUUCUUUGCACUUGACUAAAGAUGAAGAGAUUGCCAAGGUACUUUGUCGUUAUCCCUCAAGAAAUUCUACAGAUCAUCAUCAACGAACUCCGUUGGAUAUAUAUGCACAGAGAGAUGAUUUGGAGGCCGUGAAGUUGUUACUACUUCGCACUCGGACAUGUGAAGCACAUCGCAUCAAACCGAACACAACACUUCAUGUGGCUUCUCAUUCUCUUUCCCUUAAAGCUGUGACGUUUCUUCUACCUCACACAAAUGCGCACAUGCUUAACUGCAGACGAAAAACGUGCUUAGACUCUGCUAGGACAAGUUUCGAACAUAGGGAGCGUUCGAUGUCCAACGUUGUGAGGUGUCUCAUCCCACACUCGCUCGUGAACUCACCUGAAACGUUCGGCUCAUCACCGUUGUACCUCUGGGCGAAAGAUGGUAGAAGGGAAUUGGUGCAAACUCUAUGGCCUUAUUUGCGACACAGUGACCCUAGGCAUGCACAGAGGAUCAGCAGAAGCUCCGUGUAUGUGUGGAUGAACAGUUAUUUCCAAAAAGAAAUUUGGUGUCUGAAACUCCUCUUCCUCCACUUAGAUGUCGUCGCUGGUGAUCCUUAUAGCCGUAAACUGCUACAUGAUGUGACCAAGAGGCUACGUAGUAUACAAGAAGUAAAUGAUAUUAAUUACAUGAAGCUGUUACUGCCGCAUUUAAAUCUCAGUGAGCAGGAUUAUGCAAAAUGCAGAGUAGAAAAUGAUGACAUCGUUACCUUAUAUCGGAGAUGGUCGCACAUGAAUAACACCGAUGAUCGACACAUUGACGAUGUCGACACGGAAAUGGUCGAUGACGAUGGCAGUACAAAGUUUCUAAUAGAAGCAGAGGAAGGUAAUGUGGAGGCUGUGGAACUUCACCUCUCACCUUCAUCCGUGUGUUUUACAGAUGAAAACGAGAACACUGCAUUGCACUUGAGCGCGUCGAAGGGACACACAAAUGUGGUGAAGCUUCUCAUUCCUUUUUAUACAUCAGUGGAAGUGAUCAAUGUGUUUCAGAGAACGCCCAUGCAUGUCUGUGCCUCAAAGGGACACCUGGACGUUGUAAAGUUGUUAUUACUCCGCUCUAGAAUGAGUUCCCGUGACGAGGAUGGACGGACACCUCUUCACUGGGCCUGUGAAAGUGGUGCCGUUGAUAUCGUGAACUUCCUUCUUCCGCACUCGUUCCCUAAUAUGCGCGACGCGUGCGGUUUCACGUGCUGCGCUCUUUCCACCGAACGAAAGAAAAUGAAUGUUCUGAGGUGCCUCAUCCCACACUGUCUUAUGAACUUGCGUACUAAAUACGGCGAAUCACUAACGCGAACCUGUGCACAAGGUUAUAUGAGAGAAGGGUUGGUGACAUUAUUGCCGUAUUCCUGUGAUUAUGAGGCUGCGAGUUUAUUGACGCCUUCCUGGCUGCGAAUACGGGAGGACGAUACGAGUAUGGAAGAUACGCCUUGUCUGAAACUUAUGGUUGUUCUCCACUCAAAUGUCAGGGCACUAGAUGCGUGUUUCCGUAAAACACUCAGCUGCAUUAGAAAGUAUUAUGGUGGAAAGAGUGAUUUAACCUCGCGUCGAAAAAAGAAUGAGAUAUCACUACUCCUGAACUAUAUUUCUUUCUUGCUUCCGCAUACAAAUGUUCCUGCUAAGGAGGGUGAAGGUAAGAAACUAUUACAAGAAGCCCUCCAAAGUAGUCAAGAUCCCGGAUUGAUUAGCGUGCUUCAGAAAUGGCUCGCAUGAGUGACAUUCAUUCAUGAUGCUGACAAUUGUUUGCAUCGAGUGGUACCGAGCUGUCAGUGGACAUGAGCUCUGCAGAUGGUAUCGCAGUUUUAAUAGAGCUUUCAACAGCAGUAUACUUAGUCCUUGCCUUCUUCUGGGAAAGCACAAAUAUUCAGCCAGAGUCAAAAAUAAAACAAAAAAUCACUUUUGUGAUGGCCGUGGCUAACGCAAUUUUUUCUUCUUCUUGUUCCUUAUGUUACAAAGCACUGUUCCGUUGUAGAUUCAUAAGGUGAUUUGAAAAUGUGUAAAAAAUGUGUUUAUUCCUGAUGUGCUUGUUAUAUGAUUGGCUACAUUAUACCACAGCAUGAGAAUACGGCUGCGUGUGAUUAUGUUUAUAUGGUGCGUCUCACCUUUAGUCGAUGUAACUGAAAUAACAGCGAUUAAGCACCAGGUUCUUAAAACAAGUUGGUCAGUGUUAUAUCUUUUUAGGGUGGUAAUGGAUUGUCAUCAAUGUUAGUCGAAAGGUGUGUGAAGUUUAAUCCAUCAAGCAGGGUGAUACGCUUCAACACUAGAUAUAUAUGCUUCCUAACUUUACCCGCCCUGGUGUCAAAUGUAUAUUCCCAAAUGUCAAAUGUAAAUGAAAUAGUGUUUUUUGCACAUUGGAGAAGGCUCAAUUCAAAUUAUUUUGGAAGUCUCACUUCGCUGCAGAAUUGUGUAAAAUAACUAUUGUCCAGCGAAACACAUGUGCGAGAUACUCGUACUUUUAUUACGACCGAAUAAAUGUACAGGUUCCAAACUGCUUUGCAGUUAUCAUUACAUAUUACAGUGUAGUUACAGAUUACGGAACAUAUUACUUUGAGGUAAUCAAGAUUGUGUAAAAGAACCGCGACUGAUCCAAAAAUACCCGUCAGAAAUUUGAUUUGUGUUCGUGUGAUGAAAGGAUUGCAUGCAGUUGUCCUUGUAAGUAAUAUGUCCACUUAGAUGUCAUCAAGAGAUCCAGGAGGGAAGAGAAUUCGGUAAAGAAAUAUAAAGGGAAAUGUCCCAGGAGGAGAGCCGCCCAUAUUUCUAACAGAGACUGUUAAUCAAGCCAAUGAAGAGCAAUAAGUGGCGUUAUCUUGGCUCAAAACAAGUAAGGCGCGUCAUGUUAGAAAAUGACCAGCAUGUCAUUGUUAUUGAGGUUUGAAGCAAUGUCGCCCAUAAAAUUACUUUCUCGAAUUGCUUAGUGAACGAUGAUGCUUCGCUGGCGUUACAUUGGUCUACAACCGUAACAAACUGUCAAUAUAGCCAGUUUUCAACCACUGCUUGUAAUUUAAUAUUCCCAAAACAUGUUAGAAAAACCGGAAUACUAUUGCUAAAAUUUAACUUGUGGUCCCACGAAGUAUUCUGGCAACAACUAUUUCUUAACUUUUUGGUCGAUAUGUUCUCAGUGAUGGGUUGUUCUGUAGGACUACCCGAAUCCAAGACCGAGCGAGAUCCUACUAUCUCACCACCGCGUGCCACCAUGGCAGAGUUUCAGUAUCUACACAGAUAAAUAUAAGAAUAAAGCCGAAAGAAAAAAUGCAUUGUACCGUGAUGCCUUCCCGUUGUCGUGCUGCAAUUCAAACCAAUUAAAACUCGACCGGAGUGGUAGUUACUAUAGCAACAGAGAAUUCGUAUUCUACAUUGCUCACCACGGGCUUGCAACAUUGGAUCAAUAUUGGCAGUUUCAUUGGCGUAUUAUCGGACCGAGUUGCAUGACCUAUAUACUGGACCAAAGUAACUUAUAUUGGCUGCCAAUUUUGGACCGAUAUGGGACCAAUGAUGGCGUGCUGUUUGUAUAGUUAUGUUUACAGUUACGAAAUAAAUCUUCGAAGGCAUGUUGUGCUUGCACCACAUCACGUAAAACUGCUUUCAUAUCGUGCAUUCGUGUGGCCCUAACUCGAAUACGCAUCGGCCAUAUGGGAUCCCCAUCAAGAGUACUUAAUUCAAGCAUUAGAGUCAGUUCAAAACAGGGCGAUGCGCUUCAUUACAUCUAACUAUUCCAGAGAUGCAAGUGUUUCACGUGUAAAGAAAAACCUUGACGUUGAUCUUCUCUCGUCAAGACGGUUGAUAGCCAGGCUGUGUCUCUUCCAUAAAAUUUUUAACAACACAAACGCUCUCGAUCGUCUCCUAGUCCCUGCUAACUAAAUUUCAUCUCGUCUGAACCACAUCCAUAUGAUUAAGCUUCCCCAUUGUAAUAUCACUUCCUUUCUAAGAGCAUUCUUUCAUAAAACAACUGGCGAUUGGAAUCUUCAGGCUGAACACGUUGCAUGUACACAGGGCCAUUCAGGUUUUAAGGCUGUCCUCUUCCAAACCACAUCUUCAUAUUCAUACAUGUUCUUCCCAUGGUACAUCUGGUCUUCUUCCCUUGUCAGCUUGAUAUUUCUUAUUUACCUUUCUUUUGUACUUUUUGUAAUACUUUUGUUGUGUGUUUCUAUGAUACUUUUUCUUAUGUGCUACUCACCAGUCUGUUAUGCAAUACCCUCUGGGGGUCUUUAACGUACUUAAAGAUUUCAAAUAAAGUCACUUAGAUCUGC